UUGAAGUGAUAGCCUGCCACCUAUGUGUACCUAACAUCUGGCAUAACAUCUGAUCAGUCUUUUCGCUGCUGCAGCUAAAGGAUUUCCCCAACAGAACCAGCAGCUAAAUGAGAUCAUGAUUUUAGAAGGAACUGGCAGAAUGAGUCUUAAUUCAGUCACAAGUCUUCUCCACGAGCAGCCAUCCUGGACAGAUGGAUACCCCACAUGUCAUGCAUCAGGCAGUUUCUUUGGAACUCAGUGGCAUGAGAUACACCCUCAAUACUGGACAAAGUAUCAGGUCUGGGAAUGGCUUCAGCACCUUUUGGACACCAACCAGCUCGAUGCCACCUGCAUUCCUUUCCAGGAGUUUGAUAUUGGUGGGGAACAUCUGUGCAACAUGAGUUUGCAAGAUUUCACCCGAGCAGCUGGCACAGCUGGGCAGCUUCUUUACAGCAGCCUUCAUCACCUGAAGUGGAAUGGCCAGUGUGGAAGUGAAAUGUACCCUUUACACAAUGUCAUUGUUAAGACAGAACAAACAGAUCCAUCUUUAAUGGCGUCAUGGAAAGAAGAGAACUAUUUCUAUGAUAGUGGAUAUGGUGGCACAGUAGAAUUAGUGGACAGCAAAGCGUAUUGUCGAGCACAGAUUGCAAUCAACGCUACUAGUCACCAGCCUACUGAAGAUGCUUCAGGGCUGAAAAAAACACAAGAUCACCUUCCAAAAUCUCACAGCAAGAAACACACUCCUCGAGGGACUCACUUGUGGGAAUUUAUCCGAGACAUUCUCCUGCAUCCGGAGAAGAAUCCAGGCUUGAUAAAAUGGGAGGACCGGUCUGAAGGCAUCUUCAGAUUCUUAAAAUCUGAGGCAGUAGCUCAGCUGUGGGGAAAGAAGAAAAACAAUAGCAGCAUGACUUAUGAGAAACUCAGCCGUGCCAUGAGAUACUAUUACAAAAGAGAAAUUCUCGAACGUGUAGAUGGUCGGAGACUAGUAUAUAAAUUUGGAAAGAAUGCCCGUGGUUGGAGAGAAAAUGAGAACUAAGGAUCCACUUUAAAAACAACUGUACAAAUUUUCACCACCGGGAACUUGUCAUGGAUGUAAAUAUUUCAGAGACUAUUUUCUUCUAUUUAUGUACAAAAAAUUGAGGGAGGACGGGCAGAAAUCUACUUCUAAUGGGAAGAAGGAACACUAUGGUUUAUUGAUGUUGAAGUUAUUUUAUUUGACAUAUGUCCUUCUAUGGGGAAAGCUGUACACAGUUUUCUGUGACCUAUGAUAUAAUGCUGUAUGGUUGUGUUUGGGGAUGUGUUUUCCUUUCUUGUGAAGACUUUAAAAAAUGUAUUCCAAGAGAAAUGUGAUUUAUAACAAUACUGUGAGAGAAGAAUGUACUAAGAUGAACUCACAGGGCAUUACUUUUUACUUCAGAGCCUGAAAAUAAGGACUAUUGCUUUCUGCAUGUAAGAGAAAUUAGGAUGCAUCUAUAUAUUGCCCUUCCCCAACCUGGAGCCUUCCAGAUAUUGUGGCAAAUGGUCAGUAACAAGGGGAGUUGUAGUCUAAAACAUCUGGAAGGUGUGAGGUUAUGAAAGGUUGAUCUAUAUCCUUUAUCACAGUGCCAGGAUCAUAUGAGAAGAUCUGGCCACUCAAAUCUUGUGUCUGUUUUAGAGAUAGCUGAGUAAAACUGUGGAAUAUGAUGACUGUGGGAUAUUAUUUCUGUAGUCAAUGUGCCCUUGCCCUGUCUUGGUCUCCGUUCUUGACCCUCAAUUUAAGAGAUGGAUUCAUGUUCCUGGAUGAAAGACUGUUUGUUCAAAUAACUGUCCUGGAACAUGAGAAUCCAUGAUCUCAGUAAAAGGGUAUUCUUUUGUUCUGUGAACCACCCUGAGGCCUCUGGGUAUAGGGUGGUAUAUAAACUCAAUUAUUAUUAUUAAUAAUAAUUUUGUAUUUUUUAGUGGAAUUUGAUUACCAGUUUUAUGAAUGCUUAGCUAGCUUAUUAAAAAAACCCAAAAAACUCGUGGUGACAGCCUUCCCCAACCUGGUACAAGUUGUUGAAAUGCAACUCCCAUCACUCCUGCCAAUUGACUAUGCUGGCAGGGGCUGAUGGGAGUUGGAGUCCAACAAUACCUGGACAGCACCCCAUUGAAGAAGUGGUUGGCUGUUAACUUGAGACACAUUUGAGUAUCUUAGGCAAUCACUGUGCCAAAAUCUCUGUCAAAAAGUCAACUUUUUGGUCAGAUGUAAUCCUCAUACAGAGAAGGGCUGUAGUUCUGUGGGGGAGCACAUUCUUUCCAUGCAAACAAUCUUAGGUUCAAUUUCCAGAAUCUUCCAGUAGGGUUGAGAGGCUCCUGCCUGAAGCCUUGGUGGUGCCAGUCAUUGUAGACAAUACUGAGCCAAAUGGUCUGACUCUGUAUAUAGUACCUUCUUAUGUUUCGACUUAAUAUGGGUAUAAUUCCUGCUCAAAUGUAAGAGUAAGAGCAGGAUAGAAAUGUAACCAUAUACAAAUAUAUAUAUAUAUCAAAAUCUAACAAUGGUCUGAUGGAGAUUUGGGGCCUGCCAAAUGUUUCUGAACUCUGGCAGUCACAGCCAGCAUGGCUAAUUGCCAGAGAUUGUGGAACUUGUGGUAUGGCAAAAUCUGGAAGGGGCAAGAUUAUCUACUCCUUGCCUAAUACAAACUGUUCAUCAAGCACUCAAAAAUUCUGUUUCUGCCUGCUAUAUAUACAUGUUGGCCUAGUUCUCACUCAGGUGAGAUCCUGACUGCACCACAUUCCAUAGUUGAAUUCUCCUCCAUUCAAAGGCCACUCCUUCCAUCUCAAUGAGAAAACUGACGUCUCAAGGAGAAGCCUAGGGUAGAACCUUACAUCUAAUUUCUUUUUGUAACGAUUUCUUUGUUUUUCUUUUUUUAUGGAAGACCAUUCCGUCACAUGAGCACUUACAGGCACUGUGAAAUGAUAUGGUCUAGACACAGAUUUACCCUAUCAGGGGAAAUUAGGCAAUUGUUGCAAGUGCUUAACUUAAAAAUGGUCACUUUGGGCUCAUUUAUAUUUGCCCACAUGAUUUAAAUCCAAACUGGAGUCUUAAUUUCAAAGUUUCCUUUUAAAGUUCUUAGAUGGAAGGUGAUAGCUCGUUUUCUAGGUAUAUAAUGGAAGAAUAAAGCAACAGAGCACAGCACAAAGCUGUCAAGGCUACUGGGGGACUUGGUCAGGUUUUUGCAGAAUCAUCCAAGUCUUCUACAGCCUUAAAGGUCAAUGAGUUGAUUAUGGCGUAAGCUUUUGUGCCUCCCUCUUUGGUCUUUGCAGAAAAACACACAUAGGCAUGUCAGGGAGACAACACCUUUUCCUGCUCAGUUAUUGCCAAAGCUGUCACCAUCAGUUAUAGUUAUGUGACAUUUUUUACUUUACAUAAGGUGGGUGGAGGCAGGUUCAUCUUAUUUACAAAUGAAAUCAUAGGACUCCAGCCGUCAAAGCAAGCCUUUUCUUCUUGUGUCUUUUUCUUGACUUAACAUUUGUUCUGUCUCUGAAUCAGAUUCCACCACCCCAGCUUGCUUCCUAUUGCCAUUGUUAACUUCAUGGGUCCCCGCAUCUAACCAAUUAUCUGAUCCUGCAUAAAUGUUAGGUGAUGGGUUGGAUUUGUCACUGUUGGGAAUUACCAGUAUGGAGUGUUUCUGAGCCAAAAGGUUAUACACAUUUAUAGCCAAUCUAUAGUCCUAAUGAAUGAAACACACUGAAUGGAUAAUUUUGUACUUCUAAUUUAUCAGUGCUUGGGAAUAAAAGAAUAGCACUACACGAUGGCCCAGAUCACACACAAAGCUAAGCAAACUAUGGCAAAGCGUUGCCCUGCUUCCCGGAGCUAAGCCAUGGUUUAGCUUCGCAUUACGUCUGAAUCUGAGCUCAUAAUUUGUUUUCCCCAACAAAUCAUGAAUGUGGGGUCAAGAACAAACCUUGGCAAUAUUUGUGGCUUGUUUGGAGCUUGACAAACCAUGAGCCUGGGAUCAGACAUAAUGCCAAACCCAAGCCAUGCCUUAGCUUUAGGAUAGCAUAGCAGCAGGAGGACUUGAGGAGGAGAAAAGUAUCUGUACUUUCAGUCAUUUAUAACUAUCCUUGGCUUGGAUAACGUUACGUGCAAACUGUAUGUGCCUUCUUCUGUAAUAUGUAAUAUGAGAAGGUAAUUAAAAGAAUUUCUGUGCUACAUACAAAAUGGCUGACAGUUGUGUUAGUAUUUAAUUAUUGUGUUGGCUCGAAUUCAAGCCCUCAGCUGGUUAAAUUAGCUUAGUCCUUUCUGGUUUCUUAUUUUGUCCCACACCUUUCUUGCUUUGGAAUUCUUGGAAGUAAUCCACAUUGACUAAUGCUGCUAUUUCACUGUCACAUAGAUCUUGUGGUAACUACUUAUAAUUAUGCCAUCAUGUAAAAAUACUUCUUUGAUGACAAUUUUACGGGAGCUAGACUGUUCCCAGCAGCUCCUCAGUUUGCAGAGAUAUUGUAAUUAGGUGUGAACCUUUAGGACAUAAGACUACAUAUUUGCAUCGGUAAAAUAGUUGUUCUCUCGUCCCAGCAAUCCCUAGGAACCAAAAUUCUAUGAGAGGGUCUAGUGAUUUAUCUCAGCACCCCCUUCCCGUACUAUGCAACAGGGGUGGAGAACCAGUGGCCGUCCAUAUGUCGUUGGACUACAACUCCUAUCAUCCCUGAUUAUGUCCAUGCUGCGUGGGCAAGUGAAGACCAACUGCACCUGGAAAGCAUAGGUUCCCUAUCCCGGCUAUACAGGAGUCUUUGGUAGAAACUAGCAUAAAACCAGCAUAAAUUUGUAGUGUAGAGAAGAUGAGGAACAGUUCUUCCUCUUAUAAUGAGCAGGAACUGCGGGAAUAGUCUCUUUCUGAGUUCAUAAACAACCUUCAUUCGAUUAUUUCUCAAUCCUAUAAUAUCAAUCCACGAUACUGAAUAAUAGUAUGAGAUAUUUCCCGCUAUUGUUCAGGACUUCAUUUGAUUUCAGGACUCUAUAGAUUUGGAAACAGAAGAAACCUAAGAUUUACUCUGCUAUAAACAGAGACAAUAGAUUUAUUAACUGCCACAGAUCUUGCCAAGCACAUGCGGUCCCAGCCAAAAAUAAACUUUUUACCAUCUCUAACCAACAGGAUGUUUAUAUGAAUGUUUAUAUCAUAAAGACAUUUCUGAGAUUGCUGUUCUAAUACGGUAUGUUGGCAAGCAAUGGAGUGAUGAUUUUUUAAAAAAACAAAACAAAAACAAAAGGUUUAUAUAUAUAUAUAUAUAAUAUUACUCUGGUAAGAUUUGUAUAUAUUUUUUAUUUUAGCAUAUUUUUAAUAUGCAUAAAGUUCUAUAUAGGAUAAAGGUGUUUCUAUAUUUAUAUUGGUUGCAAGCAAAUCACAUGGUCAAAGAAUUUGUUGUGCGAUCUGUCUGUGUUGUUUGCUACCUAAACAAGCUUUCUUAGCACAUAUUUUUUUGUGUACGGUGCAGUCUGAUUCUGUGCUUGUUUAUUCACAAAUAAGUUUCACCUUGUUCAGUGCUCCUCAGUACAUGCACAUAGGAUUGUAGCCACAGUGAGCUUUUUAAAAGAUACUUAUUGGGAGCUGCUGAAUGUCAAGUUAAAUGUUGGGACAUUUAUAUGCUUAGCAUUCCAGCUUUCAUGUUGCUGAAUAAUCUCAGUUUGUUGCUCCAUCUUUGCUGUCUAAAUGUUUUCCAACAGGACAAUACUUUGGGUAUUUUUGCUUCAAAUGUCAGAUUAAAUACUGUCACAGAAGUGCCAUAAAAUGCUUAACACUGAUUUCUGUUUAUGAAUGCUAAUUAAAACAAUGCUU